AAAUACAUUUUUGCACUGCAGCGAAGCACGUACAAUCAAUAUGAGAACAAUUCUCGAAACUAUAAAAGGAAACUUCUGUUUCAAGGAUAGAUGACGCAGUGAUGAUUAUUGUUUCUGUAAUCGUUCAAAAUACUGUAAGCGGAAAUACAAUCAACGGACUAGAACGAAGUUGAAGGUUGUUUGGAAAGAUGUAUUUUGAAUGAAAAUAGUAUCUAACGAAAUGAGAAUGCAAAUCCUAUAGUAUUAUACAUUUCAUUUUCAUAGUACCAACUUUUUAUAGUCAUAUGAAAGUACUACUAAUUGCUAUGAAAUCUAAUAUGCUUAGAACUCUAACAUAGCUAAUUAAUUAUAAUAUGUAAAUUAAUUCAUAUGCAUAAUAAAUACAAUCGUGUAUACUUUCUGUAAGCACUGUAAAUAUACCUUUUUUUGUUCUCCAUUGAUUGCUUCGCAUCUUUAAAUAAGAGAACUUCGUAAUAUAGACUAUAGAAUUCUACAGUAGUGCUAGCCUAGAUUAACAAAGAUUCCAUUCAAAAAAAAGACCAUGUCUUAUACUCAUUAGGAAUUCCGGAGCAGAUUUCUUCAAGGCCAAUAAACAACAAAGGCUCUUGUGGACGAGAGCCCUUUUUCAGCAUAAUUCACUUCACCAAUAAGCAAAAUUGCUUAUUCUAUAUCUGCUCAACGCAUCACAUAAACAGAGUCUUUUACGCGCAAACAUAAUAUUACCCAAUAAUUUUGCGCUGACAUUUUGUCCACUAUCGGUUCGCUAAUCGGUUUCAACGAUUUUUCGUUUCAAAAAAUUUGAAAAAUUUACCUGACAAGAUAUACCACAUACGUAGGUACAUGCUCUAACUCGAAUUUCGUAUCGCAAUGUUUGGUAAAUUCAAGCACGACCUUCGAGCGAUCAUUGUUACGGUAAAAGCGACACCUCGAAAUUAUUUGUUAUUAGCCCAUUGCCGGUCACGUAUUCAUUAUAUUGCCAUUAAAUGAACGAAGAAAUUACACCAUGAAUCAUAUCGCCCAAGCGUAAGUUUCAUAAACUACCGUGUUUGAAAUGUUGUCUUUUUUCUUUGCAAUACCAGUUUUCUCGGUGAAAUAAACGCCACGAACAUUGAACGCGAUCAUUAAAUGGCUUUUAUAGGUGGAACGCGAAAUUUUCCAACAAAAGCAGUUCGCCAACUUGCAAUAGAUUGCUAUCGUCAUCAAACAUCGCGUCAUCCACGAUGGUUCAGUGCGGUUCCUGGAGAUCUAGAAUGCUCGAUAAGGUGAAAGAAUGCCGCGAUGCGAUUAAGAACAUGGUAGCCUUCGAUAAGUCGCCAAACAGCAUUAAAACUACGCGAACAGCCGGCAAACGCCCAAGCAAUUCCUCCUUCCACACGAGAGCAACGACUUCUCUGUCCUCGAUACCGGAUGUCAUUACGUUCAGCAGCAUCGCGUUGAAGCAUAAAGAAUACGAAGACGUGCCGAUUCUAAUGAGAGACUCCAUAUUCAAUUCGGAUGAAUCAGAGAAACUGAACACGUCCGUGGAACCGAUCGACCAAACUAACAAUGCAAACGAUUCGUUUAACCGCUUCGUUUCGAUGGAUAACAUGAUCAGUAAUUCGUUGAAAUCGUUCCUGGCGCUCGAGGAGCAGGUAAAAGAGGAAUUUUUGGAACAGCACGUUUCCUCGAUCAAAAAGAAAAUUUCAGCGGAACCGUUUCUUUCUUAUGCGGAAGGCAACGCAGAAUUCAUUUGGACAGAUGACACAACGGAGGAGAGUUUUUUUGGUAAGGCAUGGAAUUCUCUAGAACACUUGGACACGGUCGAUAUCGGAAAUCCACGUAGGAACUCUACAUUUUAUGAAGAUCUUUGCCUGCACAAUAAUCGUACUUCUUCCCCGAUUCGAAGUCAUCCGUUUCAAGAUUCUGGCUUUGAAAAUAAUUUCUCCAUAUAAGUUCUCACUUAUGAUUAUUUAUUGAAUAUUUCUUUUUUUUUAUGUUUUUUAUGUAUUGAACCUUUUGUAAGUUUAGUUCGUAUUUAGAUCAAUAAAGUUUAUUACAAUGAA